AUGAAAUCUCUGCUGUUCGUUCUGCUCGUCGGCGCUCUGGUCGGCACAGCGACGUCAUGUGAAAAAUUUGAUAAGUACAUGGAAAUGUUUUGCAAGUAUCCUGGUGAGCGCAACACUUGUCUGGCAAGCAAUGCACACUCUUUCAAGGCGUCGUGCUGUGCAAGCAAGGGUGGAUGCAACUCAAGAGAGUUCCCUAAGGACAAGGUAUGUUGCUUUACCCAAGCAUGUCUGGAUCGUUGCUACCCCGGCAAAGGUCAUCGUAUGGGAACUGUCUACUGA